AUGGCUCCGAGUCUUUUGGAGGGGCACGCUCCGACUUCGACGUCCAAAUUUUUUUUUCCUCCGUUCGCUGGAACAGGACCCCGCGGCCCUUGCGCAGUCCCGCUGAAAGCAUUGACAGAGAGCAGAUCGCAGCGACUAAACAGCUCAAGAAUAAUCCCGUCUAUCCACCGGAAAUUGGUUCCUCCAUACCGCGAUAAUGACGAUAAGUGCUACACCGCCUUCUCGAUUGAGAUAUCCCCCACCAACAACCCAGCAAGCCUGACGGACUAUUCGCCAAACCACCAUUUCCCCCCCAAUCUAAAGCGACUACCACAAGGAACGACGGACUAUCUCACAACUUCUUACUACAACACCUUCCCGAUUGCAUCUAGACAAUAUCAGCUUGGCAUUCACCCAUCUUCACACUACGCGGAGUGGACUUCGAUACAGCAACAUACAUUGGGCAAUCGAAACUACCAUUAG